AUGGCCCGCUUGAAGCAGAAAGGAAAGUCUGGCGCCGCGAAAGCCUACGUAACUCGCUCCUCUGCGGUCAAAAAGCUUCAAUGCUCGCUCGCUGACUUUCGACGGUUAUGCAUCCUCAAAGGGAUAUUCCCCCGUGAGCCAAAAAACAAAAAGCGGGCUAACAAAGGCUCGACCGCUCCGAAGACCUUUUAUUAUUCAAAGGAUAUCGCCUAUCUUGCCCAUGAACCCGUGCUAAAGAAACUUCGUGAGCACAAAGCCUUCGCCAAAAAAAUAUCGCGCGCUCUUGGUAGAGGCGAAUGGAGUACCGCAAAAAGCCUUGAGGAGAAUAAGCCGACAUAUCGUCUAGACCACAUCGUCAAGGAACGCUAUCCAACGUUCAUAGACGCUUUGCGAGACAUCGACGAUGCAUUGUGCAUGAUCUUCCUCUUCGCUUCUCUCCCUUCGAACCCUCGUGUUUCUCCGGCUCUCAUCACUAAUUGCACUCGCCUAGCCGCCGAAUGGCAGCUUUACAUUAUGCGUUCACAGGCGCUCCGAAAGGUUUUCCUGUCGAUCAAAGGCAUUUACUACCAAGCAGAGGUCAUGGGCCAGACCAUCACUUGGCUUGUGCCGUAUCAGUUCACGCAAAGCAUCCCUACGGAAGUUGACGUUCGGGUCAUGUUAACAUUCUUGGAGCUCUACCAGACACUUCUUGGCUUCGUGUUUUUCAGGCUCUACAUGGACUCUGGUCUCUCAUAUCCUCCUGCGCUUGACGAAGCAAAGGAUGAUUCAGGUGCCGGCGUUGGCGCGUUUACAAUAAAACAGGUGGAGAAUACUGGCCCCAUAGCUGACACCAGGUCAGCAAAUCCGGUCAAAAAAGCCUCAGGAAAGGAAGUGCGUCAAGCCCUCAAAGAUAUAGUGACCAUUUCAGACACAACAAACGAGACUAUGGAGCCAAUGCCCUCCACAGAAUCAGUCGAUGGCGCUGACGCCGAUGAAGAUUUUGUUGUGCAACCGUCUAAAACAGAAGGCCAGACUUUUCCCGAACUUCCUACUUUCCGCUCGCUAGAGAUUACCCCUCGGCAAACCUCGACAACUCUCUUUGCCCCUUACACUUUCUUCCUGUCUCGUGAAACAUCGCGCUCAGUUUUCGAAUUCCUCGUUCGGUCCUUUGGUGGUCAGAUAGGGUGGCCACGAUCUUCCGGCAGUGGCUCACCCGUAUCGGAAGAUGAUCCCGCAAUAACGCAUGUCAUCAUUGACCGACCACUUGUAUCAAAACCAAAUGAGACCGAGGAAGAGCGAGAAAGAAGGAUAAAGCGAAAAUAUGUGCAGCCUCAGUGGGUAGUGGACUGCAUCAAUGCAGGCAGGAUCCUACUGGAGGAGCCGUAUGCUCAGGGCAAGACCUUACCACCACAUCUCUCACCAUUCGGUGACCGCCUGGGAGCAUACGAUCCUGCUGCGCCUCUUCUGGCCACCGAGGCUGAUGAAGAUGCGGAAAUGGAAGAGGGCGAGGAGAGCGAGAUGGAAGAGAAUGUAACUGAAGCUAACAGUGGUCUCAGCCUGCCAGCGAUAACGGCAGAAGACCCUGAGGCUUUACGUGCCAUCGAGCUACAGGCAGAAGCAGCGGGUCUUGACUACGGGACAUUCGACAAACAAGUCAAGAAGAGUCGAAAACAGUCCAAGGACAAAGCGCCUGCCUCAGAAGUAAACGCGGACGAGCAAAAUAUGAACAAAAUGAUGAUGAGUAACCGCCAAAAGAAGUUAUACGAGCGGAUGAAGUACGGAGAACGAAACCGAGCGGCGCAGGUAUGUCUUCUCAUCUUGUAA